AUGUAUAAUUCUCAAGACGAAAAUGUUGACCUGGAACGCGAUUAUCUACCUAGUUGCCAUAGCAGUCGUUUUCGGCAACUUAAGAAUCCAGAGGAGGCGGUACUAGAGCAUUUUGUACAGCUGAUAACAAACCAGACGAGCGAGCUUUGCAGCAAUGCGAACAUAAAAGUGCUUCCAAAUCUGCGUUACGGUGGUCAAGUCGAUCGUCAAUUGGUGGAUAUCUAUUAUAGUGAUGUGGCCAAGUCCAAAAAUAAAGCGACUCCCCUCUUCGUCUUCAUACAUGGUGGCUAUUGGCAGAUGCUCGACAAAAGCAGCUCCGGAUCCAUGGUGGCGCCCCUGGUGGAGCGCGGCUACCGAGUGGCCAUCAUGGACUACAAUCUUUGUCCGCAGGUCACACUCUCCCAGCUACUGGAGCAGUUUAGCAAUUUCCUAGAGUGGAUCUUUGAUUAUGCCGCCUCCACCCAUACUAGCCACAUAAGCUUUGCCGGUCACUCAGCAGGCGCACAUCUGCUAGCCCAGCUCCUUAACGCUCCCGAUGUCCUCAGGAGUCCGCAACGGGCCUGUGUUCCCAUCCGAUCCUUGUUUUAUAUAAGCGGUGUCUACGACUUGCGUGAAUUGUGGCCUUUGACCUCAGUGAAUCCCAAAAAUAUACUCAGCUUAAAUGCUGAAUUGGCCGCCAAAUUGUCACCCAUAUUGUGGGAAUACGUAGAGCCCUCUCCCGAACCCACUUUUGGAAUCCAUGUGCUUGUAGCCGGCCAUGACAGCGUCAGUUUUAUAGAACAGAGUCGGUCCUUUGCUAGGCUGCUAGCAGCGAAGGGUUUCAAAAUUAAAUUCCACAUUUUCGAGCAAUACGAUCAUUUCGAUAUUAUCGAAGAGAGUGCCAUCGAAGGCACACCGAUUUCAGAAUAUAUAAAAGAGGCAUUGCAAUAA